GCUCCAUGGAAGAAACAAAAGCCUUUUCUCUCCAUAGAUUCAUCUCAGAUUUUAAAAUUUGAAAACAGAAUCUUAAGGUUUUAAAAUAAAAAAAAAAAAAACAGAGGGAAAAAAAACGAAGACCAAUUCUCUUUUCUUCUCCUCCUUCGUUUCCACGAUUCUGUUGUUGUUCACCUCCGAUUACAAACACUAUUCUCUCUCUAUAUAUUUGCUGCUUUCUCUUACUAUGUUCGUUGUGUGAAAACUGUGAAUUAAAUAUUAUUUAAUGGAUACGCUCACAUGUUGCGACUGUGGAUGCGAAGAUUGUUCUUCCCAUAAACACGACGAAUUCUCCAACAACGAACCACGUGACGCACGUGACCUCUCCCUCUCCCUCUCCCUCUCCAUCUCCUCCAACGCCAAAGUCCAAAUCGAGAACGAAUGCCACCUCCUCCGCGAAACCGUCGCCUCGCAACGAGAAUCGAUCCAAGACCUAUACUCCGAGCUCGACGAGGAGCGCAACGCCGCUUCCACCGCCGCGAACGAGGCGAUGUCCAUGAUCCUGAGGCUCCAGAGGGAGAAGGCCGAGGUCGAGAUGGAGCUGCGGCAGUUCAAGCGCUUCUCCGAGGAGAAGAUGGAGCACGAUCGUCAAGAGCUCCUGGCUCUUGAGGAUCUGGUGUAUAAGAGGGAGCAGACGAUCCAGGCUCUGACGUUUGAGGCUCAGGCUUAUAGGCAUAGGAUGAUGAGUUAUGGUUUUAGCGAAGACGCUGAGGUCGAUGACGAUGACGUGGAGAAGAACGUGUAUGAUUAUUAUGAUUAUCCUCCUCUUAAGUGUAGUUUGAAUGAGGUUGUUGUUGACGAUGUUGAGAAGUACACGUUGACUGAUUCGCCACGUGGAGGGGAUAAUUUGAGGAUAAGUCAGAGUCCUAAGCGUCAUAGACAUUUUAGGAAGGUUUCUACUGAUUUUUCUGUUGAUUCCCCACGCUCCAACGGCGAGAUGCAUGAUAGAGUCUAUACCAUUGAUUCUGUUCAUCAGGGUGGUGAGGAGAAGGUUAUGGAUGACGGCGAAAUGAAUCAGCCGGGUGUUGGCGAUCCUGAUAUAGUGAAACUCUACGCGAGGAUGCAAGCAUUGGAGGCUGAUAGGGAGUCGAUGAGGCAGGCGAUUGUGUCGAUGAGGACUGAGAAAGCUCAGAUGGUUCUGUUGAAAGAGAUCGCGCAGCAUUUGUCGAAGGAGGUUGUUCUGGAGCGGAGGCAAGCGUCUAUCGGUGGAGUGUUCAGUUUCUUAUCUGUCUUUAAGUGGAUCACGUCAUUUGUUUUCUGGAGAAAGAAGGCUCGUCGAAGCAAGUACAUGAACGUGGUGCAAGCGAACAACAUGGGCUUGGAAAUGCUUCUAGAAAAGACUCCUAGGACAAGGCAAUGGAGAUGUCUUUCAAGCACGCAAGUGUGACUUAGAUCAUGUUCUCCAACUAGGUGAAUUUGAAGCGCUUGAUGUGUAUACUGGGAGACUGCACAGUCUCCUUCAUGGUUGCUGAGAAAAUUGUUCUCAUGUGCAGUUUUUUUUUUUUUUUUUUUAAUUCUUUCG